GUGUAUGUAUGCGUAUAUUUGUGAAAAGAAACUAUGUAAACGAAAAUUUUAAAAACUUUAAUGAUGGCAAAAACGCCUAAAAACGAAUCAUCAUUGGCGUCAUCAUCAUCAUCAUCAGUAUCAUCAACGGUAGCGAUGUCUACUAUGGCUACAGCUGGUUUAGCAUUUAUAACUAAUGGCGGUAAUUCUAACGCCGCAGCUAGUCCACCGGCUAAAAAUCGUAAAGUUCCAUUCAAAAAAGUUUUUUCAUCAAGUCAAUUGACUACAAACAACAACAACAACAAUCAGCAACAACAACAACAAAAAAGUCGAUGUUCAAUAUGUUCAGUGAAUUCAUCAUUUCAGUUAUUGAAUCGUGAAAGUAGCCACCUUAGCUCUAGUCUUCCUGGAAUGUAUGAAAAGAUCGCCAAUGAUGACCAGCGACAAUUUUUGACAAUUACUAGUCAGAAAAAUGAUGAUCAUAGUCACCAACAUGAACAAAACGUAUUGACAAAGCCUAAAGCUGUGAUACCGGCAUCGACUAGUAAUAAAUCUGAAAAUGGUCACCUGUUAAAUGCGAUACCUAUAGCUGCAAUAGAACCAUCAUUGAUCGGAUCAUUGGCAUCAUAUCUGGCCGAUCUAAGACAUUUCAAUGCUGAAAAAUAUUGCAAAGAAAUCGAAUUGAUGUUGAAAUAUUUUGAAGAUUCCGUAAAAAAGGAUAAACUUGAAUUACUUAACGGCUCCUGUAACAUAUUGAUCGAAACAAUUUCAUUGAAUUGUGCCCGAUUACGUGAUGCAUAUCUUCAUUUACAACAAGUUCAACUUAGAUUACAAAUUCUUUGUAUGAUUCAUAUGGAGGAUAAUGGCGAUACAAAUAGUGCUAGAAAAAGAACGUCACCAAUUAUUGAGGCUACAAAUGAGCUUUAUAAAAAUCUUUCUGAUCUUGUUAAAUGGUCGGAUGAAAUCUAUCUUCGUCAACAAGUUCGACAUUUUUAUCAUUCUGAUAUGGAUCCAAGUCAAUGGAAUAUGGUGGAUCAUAUUAAUGAAUGUGAUGAACCGAUUCCUCGCCAAUUAAUCGACGAUGGUAGUCGAAUUUCACGCUUAGUUUUCAAUUCAUUCAAGAAUCUGGUCAAAGCAUAUCGAAAUUUAGAAUGUGAAUUACGAAAAUGUUACCAAGACUAUCUGUAUAACAAUUCCAAAUUGGCUGAUUAUAUAAUGGCCGAUGCAAUUAAUCAACGACGAAACGAAGAUGAAACAUCCUUAGACUUUCAGGAAACAAUUCAAAAAGCUAUGCGGCGAAGAUCCGUAACUCCACCACCUGAAUAUGAUCGAAUAGAAUUAUCAAAUUACAACAACAAUCAUCCACAUCAAUCAAUUAGGACAAUGGUUAAUGGAUCGACAUCAACCAUUGCUUCUCUAUUAUCGUCGAAUUCUUCGCAUUCAGCCACAACCAAUAGUUCUACAUCAUCCACAUCGCCGUCAUCAAUUUUCCGAACUCAUCGAUUCAUUCCUAAUAUUAUUUCGCAUCAGGCUCAAAAGAUGGCGCAGCAUUUUGAAUUGAAAAAGUUCCGUUCAAAUGCUCAACAUGGAAGUAAAAAAGAUUCGUUACCCAGGCAGCAGGAUAAGGGCAGUCAGCAACAAUUGUCCGAAAAUCAGACUAUGCUUUCGUUUUUGUUUAGUCUUUCUAAUUCAUCAUCAUCAUCAUUAAAACGUUCGGAAUCGGCAAGUAACAUUCAUCGAAUCAAUACAAAUAUUUUAUUACCGAAACACUUGUUGCAAAUGUCGACUGAACCAUCUUCUCCAUCAUCAAAUCGAUCACCAACAGCUGACCGCCAUCUUAGUCCUCAGCAGCAAUCGCGAAAACAUUCGAUCAACGAAAGUAUACCGACGCACACUAGUCAUCAACAUUACGAUCGACCAGUACCAACGUUGAAACAAAUCAUCGAUUCUAAAUCGUUUGACAUUGAUCAAAAUUUUUCAGAUGAAACUUCAUGCUUGUCACAAUGUCGAAAAUCUUCAAAUUCACCCAAAAAACAUGAUUCGAAAAUAGACUCUACGCCACCUCCCCCAUUACCACCCAAAACUUACAAUCGUUGUUCUAAUAGCACAACAACAACAUCUCCAUCUUCAUCUAUGAAUAAUUCUGGUCGCUCUUCAAUUGCAUCGAACAUAAGUUCAAUGUCAUCAUCAUCAUCAUUGAACAUAGGCAAAGAUACAAAUCUCAGAAAUGGCAAUAGUCGAAUGAAGGAUUGUGAUUCAGGUUUCGGUUCAUCGACACCAGCAAUGCCAUCUACUCUUUACCAACAACCGAUCGAAAAGCUAGAUUCUAUUGAUUUGGGAAAUAGAAAUUCUGUAACUAAUCCAACCAUAGUCAAAACUAAAGAAACAGUGACCACAGUCGAUAAUAAACAGGACACUGGUUUCUCUCAAGUAACAUUGCGAUCGAAAAAAAAUGCUCGCCGAAACCGUACAAGGACAAUCCAAGACAGUGUAGCUGAUGAUGAGAACAAAGGUUGUGCAACAUCAUCAUCAUCUCAUACUAUAGUAGGAACAGAUGGAAACAAUGAAGAUGAACGAUGCUCAUCAUAUUCACCACCACCAUUACCAGCGCCAGAUUCAUUCCUCUGUUCUAUCAUCGAACCACAUGAUGUUUUCAAGAAUAAAAAUAUUGAAGAAGAAAAGGAAAAUCUAAUGAAUAUUUGCCCAAAUCAGAAUGUUGGCACAUCACCAACUUCUGAAUUUUGUUGUUGUUGUUCGAAUCGAUCAAUGAUUCGAACUUAUCGAAAACCAGGAACGAACCUUAGACCAUUGUCUAUACAUCAGCCAUUGACAAAAAGCUUUUCAUUGGCUGCCAAUCAUUCUUCAAAAAAUCGACAUUUUUGUUCGCAAGCUAAUAGUUGUUGCUGCUGUCAGAUACAAACCGAUGAAUCUCUUAGGCAACAAUCAUUACCUCGAAGGCCAUCAUUGUCACUGCAUGAAACACCAUCACUGUCUCCACCACCCUUACCACCGAAACGUAACCUUCAUGCAUACAUGGGUAUGGUAGGUAAUUAUCAUUCUCCAACUGGUGAACAUUCAGGACAUACAUUUCUUCGUGCAACCAAAUCUAUGUUUUGCGAGAAACCAUCGCAAAUCAAAAGUCAUCACAUUAGUCAAACAUCAACAUCAUCCAGUGUUGUAUCAUCCAAUAGUUCCAUAUCUACAGCAACCACUGGUUCAAGUUUUUCAUCGAUUACUGGCAAAUCAUCUCAACCGCAUGAUACCUCAUUUAAAAUAUCGAAUGUUGAUCCAACUGAUCAAUAUGAACAUUUACCUAUGGCUCCAUCACCUCCUCCGGAAUCGGCACCAUCGCCACCUCCAAAUCUUCCACCCAGAAGAGGUCAAAUUAUCUUAUCACGAUCAACGGAUUCGAAUCUUUCGACCAAGCGACUGAAUGUAAUUGCAUCAGACGAUCUUGUUCAGCCUCAUUUUCAUCAUCACCAUCACCAUCAUGGCUACAGCUUUCAUCAUUUUCACGAAACAUCUUCGACUGAUUCGACAGCAUCAAAUGAUAAACAUGAAAAACCUGCAACCAAUGAUCAAGAAAAUGCAACAAUAAAAGAACUAGAUGAAACAUCAAGUGAUAAUGAUGAGGAUAGUGUUGUUGAUGAAAUUUGUCAAUAUUGUUCACUUGGAACUAAACAUUCGGAUGAUGAAUGCAUACUGGCUCAAGUAGAUAUAUCAUCAGAAAUGUUUACGCUUGAAACAACAAACGAUUCUGAAGGAUCAACAUCACAAGUUGCAAUCACUGCAUUUGAACUAAUAACGGCCGAUAUGAUUCGUGGUGGUCAAAUCGAUGCUUUAAUUAUCAAAGCUACUCAGGCUAGCAUGUCUUCAGAUGAUGAAACAUUUGUCGAUUGUUUUCUAAGCACAUAUCGUUCAUUCAUCUCAGCCAAUGAUCUCCUUACAAAGCUUACAUUUCGUUAUCGUUAUUUUAGUGGUGGCCAAACAUCAUCAUCAUCAUCAACAUCGACUAAUAAUAGUACAACUACCGAUAUUAUAAGGCAAUCGGUCGCUCGAAAAGUGGUUAAUUUUAUCACUCUAUUCAUCGCCAAAAUUUACAUCUACGAUUUCGAUAAACAGCUAUUUCAAACAAUGAUGGAAUUCAUUUAUCAACUUGUGAACAAAGGUGAUCUGGUAAAUGCUAAAUUUUUACGUGAAAAAUGUUAUGAAAAAUUACGAAUCAGAGAGCGUGAAUUCCGUCGACAACAGCAACAACAAUCACAAUCAAAUGAUAGUUUCGAUAGCCAACAACAAAAUGAUAAUAACAAUAAUGUUGGAAAUGUUACAUCAUUCAAACAAACAACGGCGGUUAAUGUUAAUACUUUCGAUAUUGUUCAUCUCAAAACAUGGACGUUGCUUGAUUUCAAAGCCGAACAUUUGGCCGAACAAAUGACGUUACUUGAUUCACGGCUUUUCUAUAAAAUCGAGCCUCCAGAGAUUUUGAUUUGGGCGAAAGAACAAAAAGAAGAAUGCAUACCAAAUUUAAGUACGUUUACCGAACAUUUCAACAACAUGUCUUAUUGGACACGUAGCCAAAUACUCAAAUGCCAAGAGCAAAAGGAACGGGAAAAAUAUAUGCUCAAGUUUAUCAAGAUUAUGAAAUAUUUACGUAAAUUGAACAAUUUCAACUCUUAUCUGGCCAUUCUUUCGGCACUUGAUUGUGCGCCGAUCAGCCGAUUGGAUUGGCCUAAAAAUGUGACUGAUAUGAUUCGCGAAUAUGGAUCAUUAAUCGAUUCAUCAUCAUCAUUCCGAACAUAUCGUAACAUUUUGGCGAAUUCAAAACCUCCUUGUAUUCCAUACAUUGGACUAAUUUUGCAAGAUUUGACAUUUGUUCAUAUCGGCAAUAGCGAUAUAUUACCUGAUGGCAAGAUUAAUUGGUGCAAACAUUACAAACAAUACAAAAUACUCUGUCAAAUGGCUCAAUUCAAACAAAGUCAAUACUCAAUCAACGAGAAUGAAAAUAUAAUUGCCUUUUUUGGCAAUUUCCAGGAUUUCUUACCAGAAAAUGUCAUGUGGCAGAUAUCGGAUUCGUUGAAACCUCGUUCGAUUAACAGUUCAACUAGUCUAUCGGUGAAGAAUUUGGUUCCUAAUGAUUAAUGAAUCGGUUCACCCGCACAAACCUUUGUAAUACUAGUCGUGGCUAACAACUGUUGGUGAACUUUCUUAAUUACUGAAUUACUAUUCAUUGUUGCUAAUUAUAAGCCAGUAACAUUUGUGUACAUAUAUACUCACAUGUUUGAUUUUAUUUAUCAUUCAUUAAUAUAUUAUCAAUACAUUAAACAUUCAUUUAUAAUGUCAACGUUAUUUAAUUCUAUCUGUUUGUUGUUAAAAUUCUCACCCAUAUCUAUCACAAUG